UCCGCUCAUCCGUCCACAUCCACUUGCGUUUUUUGCGCCCUGCGAGAGGGAGAGCAAUGUGAAACGGGAGCAGCGAAAAAAAUAUACCGCCCACUACCACUACCAAUAUUCCAUAUUCCAUGCCGUAUUCCCAGCUCAGUUCGAAUCGUGUGAUCAGAGCUUUCGGUAAGGCUUCGGCUCGGCUUCGUGUAUCCACCUUCGGCACUCGGCUCUCUCUCUCUUCUUGGGGGCUCAGGGACAACAAAUGCGGUAAAAUGGCUUCUGCGUCGACGUCGACAUCCCUGCCGUUUCAGUUCUGAUUGGAGGUUCGUGCGCGGCGUUUCCUCAGCUGUUUUCCGUUGCCUUUUGCCUUUUUGCAUUCCUCCUUUGCCUCCGUGUUCGCCUCGAUUGCCAAUUACGUGUAACCAACAACAAUAACAACAAGAGCAACAGAAGAAACUGAAACAACAACAAGUGCUCUCGAGUGUUGCAAGCCUUCUUCCGUCGAAGAAACCGCAAAACGGAUUACCAAGAAUCUUCGUAGAAUUGCACGCCCUGGAAUAUAUGUUUUAGGAGCUGACAGGCAAGAAACCCAGCUCAGGACAAGCGAAGGACCUUAGAUGUACCCAGGGCACUCAAACACAGCCCCACUUGCAUGAGGACAUAGAUCGCGAUUUCACAUCGACUCCACAUACCGCUUAAGUGACGCAAACCCAGCCUCCCAAUGAAGAUGGCAUCUCAACGCUUCUGCCUGCGGUGGAACAAUCAUCAGAGCAACCUGCUUUCGGUCUUCGACCAGCUGCUCCACGCAGAAACCUUCACAGACGUGACGCUGGCCGUCGAGGGGCAAUACCUGAAGGCACACAAGAUGGUGCUAUCCGCCUGCAGUCCCUACUUCAACGCCCUGUUCGUAAACCACCCGGAAAAGCAUCCGAUUGUCAUUCUGAAGGACGUGCCCUACUCGGACAUGAAGUCCCUGCUCGACUUCAUGUACAGAGGCGAGGUCUCCGUGGACCAGGAGCGACUCACAGCAUUCCUGCGCGUGGCCGAGAGCCUGCGCAUCAAGGGCCUCACCGAGGUCAACGACGACAAGCCCUCGCCGGCGGCGGCCACAGCGGCAGGAGCGGGGGCGGCGGGAUCCGAGAGCACGCCCACUCCGCCCCAGCUGCAGCGCAUCCAGCCGUACCUGGUGCCCCAGCGGAAUCGCUCGCAGGCCGGCGGUCUGCUGGCCAGUGCCGCCGGUGCCGGAAACACGCCCACCCUGCCGGUGCAGCCCUCGCUGCUCAGCUCGGCCCUGAUGCCCAAGCGGAAGCGGGGCAGGCCCCGCAAGCUGUCCGGCAGCUCGAACGGCACGGGGAACGACUACGACGACUUCGAUCGCGAGAACCUGAUGCACGACACCUCCGAUCUGGGCAAUGGCAAACUGGGCAACGACUCCUACUCCGGCAACGACGAUGGCUCCGAUGACAACCAGCACACCGCAGCGCACACGGACGAUCUGAAUGAAAGUCGCGACUCUCUGCCCUCGAAACGAUCAAAGAACUCCAAAGAUCACCGCGCAGUGAGCCAGCACGAGGACAACAGCACUUCCGUUACUCCAACUCAGGCUACUCCAGAGCUCUCCCAGCGGCUUUUUGGCUCCUCUUCGACUACAAUCUCUGCAACGGCCACAGUCGGCGGCUCCUCUUCUCUCACAGAGCCCAUUUCUCUGCUGGAGAUCAGCGACAACCGAGACUCCACACCACCGGUUCACCUUCCCACUAUUUUGGGUCUAAAGAUUCGCGCGAUUACCACCACAACGCCCACAACGCAACAGGUGUCUCCCCAGACGCCAACCAAACCGAAGCCCAAGGUCAGCAACAGCAACUCUCUGCUUAAGCAGCAGCUGCGCGGCGGAGCCAAGGAUCCCGAGGUGCCAAUGGGCACCAGGAUCACGGUGGCGGCAGUGGCUCCUAAUUCCGUGGAGGAAAACGCCAAGGAGCCGCCCAAGAAGAACCAGGAUGAGGUCAACGCCUGCAUGGGUCUGCAAUCCCUGGCCAACGCCGCCGAGCAGCAGGCAGCCAACAACAGCGGCAACCUGCACCACCAGCUGCUCCUCCACAUGGCGGCCAAUAACUCAGGCUACUACCAACAGCAGCAGCAGGAAUCCCCUUCGAGUGUUAACCAGUUCAUGGAUGAUGACUUGGAUUUGCUGGAGAAGAGCGAUGAACCCGAUCACGAGAUGCUGACGCUGGCUGACGAGAAUGCCGGGUUGCCUGGCUAUGGGGGAAAUGAAAAGGAGGACUCGCCCGCUCCCGAGACGGCAGCUCCUCCUCCACCGACUCCCCGUAGCGGAAAAAAGGGCGCCAAGCGACCCAUUCAGCGGCGCAGGGUUCGCCGGAAGGCCCAGUCCACGCUGGACGACCAGGCGGAGCACCUGACCGAGAUGUCAGUCCGUGGCCUCGAUCUCUUCCGGUACGCCAGCGUGGUGGAGGGCGUCUACCGCUGCACCGAGUGCGCCAAGGAGAACAUGCAGAAGACCUUCAAGAACAAGUACAGCUUCCAGCGGCACGCCUUCCUCUACCACGAGGGCAAGCACCGCAAGGUCUUCCCCUGCCCCGUCUGCUCCAAGGAGUUCUCGCGGCCGGACAAGAUGAAGAACCACCUGAAGAUGACGCACGAGAACUUUACGCCGCCCAAGGACCUGGGAGCCUUCAGUCCGCUCAAGUACUUGAUCAGUGCCGCCGGCGACAUGCACGCCUCGAUUUACCAGCAGCAGCAGCAGGAGCAGGCUCACUACCAGCGGCAGUUGGCCGAGCAGAAUGCCUCUUUUGAUAGCCCCGAUCAGGAUCAGGACAGCUCACUGCUCCUGCCGGAUGUUAAGCUGGAGCAGGGCGAUGACCAGGAGGCCGAGUUCCUCAGCGACGGCGGCUACGAGGCCUCCAAUCCCGCGGCUGCUGCGGCCGCCAUGCUGCGCCUGCAGCAGGAUGUCAUCAUCAAGAACGAGAUACAGAUCUCGCCGUCGCCCUCGCCCACGCCUACGCCGCCCGCCUCCUGCGCGGUGGCGGAGGGCAAGUCCUUGGCUCUGGCCACCACCGCACAAACCGCAACGUAAAGACUUGGCAGGAUCUAGGAUCUAGUAAGGAUUAGGAUUAGUAAGGAAAGAAGAAUACUUCGUAGCAACCAUAAGCAAUCGUGGCUAGAGUUUGCAAAUUAUCGAUAUUUUCGAUAUUUUAACAAUAUCGAUACGAUAUUAUCGAUGUGUUCAAGGGAAAACUCCUUUUAAAUAUUGAUAUUCUUUCAAACUCUAAUCGUGUCACUCAAAAAACACCCAACUCAAAACGAUUUUUUAGUUAAAUUCAUUAGUCUAGUUAAUGUUAACCAGUAAGCAAUAUUAUUACUAACACUUGCUCCGUCCAGACAGCCUAUUUAGGCAAAUAUAACAUUUAAUUUAAUCUAGUUUUUAAAUAAGUUUUUAGCCACCUAAGCAACGCACACAGUUCAGUGAACUUUAAUUACCUUUCGGCUUUAAUUAUAAACAAUUUGACUGUUCGCCUA